GUCGCGCCGCGCGACCUGCGCCCGCACGCGACGGAGCAGCGCGCGCGCAGGGGAGGACAGUCCGCCGUUGUUCCUCGGCGCGAAUCCGCGUAAAAAACCGCGCGAGAGUGAGAUUGCGCGACGACGCGGGAAAUACGCAAGGGCGAUUAAAAUAAACGGCGGAGAGAUUAGAGCGGGCGUGGAAAUCCCAGGAGAGCGGCGGCGGUUCGGUUUCCUCUCGCUCGGUGUUGACACGGGUUGAGCGAAGAAAGAAGAAGAAAGAAAAAAAAAAAGGAAGAAACCGCGAAGCUAUACCGCUGUCGUUGCUACUGCUGCUACCGCUGCUGUUGCUGCUGCUGCUGCUGCUGCUGCUGUCGGUCCGACAAAAGUCGCAGCCGCAGAUAAGGAUCCCGCGAGUAUUCGCUCGAUAUUGGAGCCGCGCGGCGACGAAGCGCCGAAGGUCGUCGGCGACGUAUAGCGACACGCAUGAUCUGACUGACUUCGGAUCGGGGCACGCGGGUGUGUUUCGGCCACGUUGGUGCGUGCGUACGUGCGUGCGUGCGUGCGUAUGUGUGUGUGUGUAUGAGAGUGAGAGACUGGAUCAUUCGCAGAAUCGCAAACGAGUCACUCUCUCUUUCUCUUUUUUCCUUCUGCUCUUUCCCUCGCCGUGAUCUUGGUAGAGACUAUAGUCGCUUAUUAUUAUCGCUUUACAAACGAUCCAUUCUCACAAUCGUUGCCGAGAGAGAGAAAACUGAAUUGAAGUAACAUGCGCGCUUGUGCUCUCGGAUCGGACUGAAGAUAUAUUACGUCUUUCGAAAUUAUUGAGAUUACUAACGCUUGUACCUGCUCAAGAGGGUAAAGCAUUCGCCUAGUUUUCCCGAGAGAAAUUCCUAUUGGCCGCGACGCAACGCGGAAAUGUACGAUGUACGAUCGCAGAUGAGAUCGGCAGCGGAAAAAUAAAAGGAAUCUGAACGGCGGAGAACGACAAGGUCGGAAGGGACGCGCGGGACGGGGAAACGGAGGUGAUAUGGAAACGAAAUGUGAAGCAUCGGGUAUCGCGUGCCGAUAAGAUCGUCGCGAUUGGUUCGAGAUCGGCGCAGAAGCGGCCGUGCGGCGCCGUGGCGGACAAUUUCGCGCUUUCGGGGCACCUUCGCGAGUGAAGGCUACAAUGUGAAAUGCGGCUUUUCUCUGUGACGCGGUUCGACUGCACGCUGAAUUCGAGAGCGAGUGUCUACGGGCGGGACGACUUCGUGAAAACGGCGCAUCGCGAUUGAGAGGUCAACGAUACAGCAUUGCACGAAAGAAAGGACUCACGUUAGGAAGAAGUUUCUCAUUGUCAGAUUAAGGGGACGCAUGAAACCGCAUUUUAUUACUUCUCUUUGGACAGUCAUUUAUAUUACAUAAAAAGCUAAGAUAAACUCAGGCAGCACCAUGGCCAAUUCCAGUCGAAUUGCGCCAAUCCGAAUCGAAAAGUGGACGCUGCAACGCGUCUCGAUUCCAGAUUGCUUGUUGAACUCUUUGGAGGAGGAUUACGGAUCAACCGAGUCCGAGGACAUGUCUAGCAGUCCAGACACGUCCUGUCGCUCAAGCGCGAACGCGGACAAAAGCUUCGAUCUCGACGAGGACUUCCGCGAAAAACUAUCCAAAUACGAGGACAUAAUCGAAAAAAUCGAUAAUCUACGGCUUACGCGGGACAACGAUAAAGAUAACGAAGAUGCCAACGAGAACACGCGUCUCAGCAGCAACGAAAACGUGGACAACAUUGAGUAUCGGGAUAGCUGCAAGUUGCAAACGGGCCGUCAUGCUGAUAACGAGGACAUAAACAACAACGAGGAUAACGUCACGAUUGAUGACAAUGAAAGCUGCCUGCCGUUCAACAUACGCGACGAUCCUCAUGACAAGAAGCAAUGCCACUCUUCGUACGACGGGAAUUUUCAGGACGACGAUUCGGAAGCCGAACAGACGGGACGGCAGGAGCAUGCGGACUCCGACGAUUCCGAUCUGAUCCAACGGGGACCGAUUAAGCCCGAUUUCCAACCCUUUCGGGGACACCCUUAUCCCGUGAUGAACCUAUUGGAUUAUGACAAGACCGCCCAGCAGAUCCUGAGGAACAAGGAUUACAGCGACAAAUUGAAUCCCUGCUUAGACAAGCUGUCGGAUUCGACCCAGGUGUCGAUCGGAGGGAUUGGUCUGGCGAUGGAUCCUAACUGGACCGGAGAGAAUGGCAACAAUAUCUUCCGUAGCGGAGGAGAUCCUACCAACGAUACCGCGCUUCCCUCCAUAGUCGUCGACGAUCCGGGAGAGGAGUCCUUGAUGAACAUCCUGUCGCGUGGCGGUUUUCAACCCGCGGUACGCUCGGACGCCGGCAGUCACUCGAUUCCCUCACCAAGCGCGAAAACCUGGUCCGAUUCCCCGGCGAGCAGCUACAACUACGUCGUUUCGAGGUCGAACAGUCGGGCGUCGAGUCGCGCCCAGUCACCGGGCUCCGCUACCAACUUGGAGUCGCCGCAGAUGCACGUAAACGUCAUCGGCAGCCCGCUCGGUUCGCCGCAGAUCGCGUCGACGGCGUAUCGGGUGCCGCAAGCGUUGUCCUCCUCGUCCUCGUCCAACCAGUCCUACAGCGACGUGUCCAGCCCGUUGAAUUACCAAACGUCCCUGAAUUAUCAGACCGAGGAACAGCUUGGCGAAUCCCUGUCCGACUGGAAGACCGUCUACGAUUCCUCGGGGACGAUCGUCAACAGCACCGACACCAUCGACUGCGCGUUACUCCAGCUCGUUGAGCAGAUCAUAGAGGAGGAUAAGCAGGGUAAAACGUUAAAGGAGCUGCAGAUUGCCUCGGAUGCCCCUUGCUUUUCCUCGGCCUACAACGACGGAUGGGCGUCCGUGCGAACGUUGGGGAGCGACCUGAAUCCCGUGUCGCGCGAGGGUUCGGCGAACGGUAUGCGGGGCGAGAAGCUGGAGACCUGCUGUUUGGGCAUACCGAACGGGAACCCUAUCCAGGCCGCGGGCUUGCCUAUUGACGACGGUCUCGUGUCGGUCUACGCGAGCAAGGGAAACACUGGCGGAUGUGCGUUCGUGAGUCACGCGACGAACGGCCACGCGACAGACAUGGAGCCGAGGUAUUACGAGCCGAGCGCGAAGAACGGUCAGGUCAGUGCGUCAAUUGUGCCGCAGCAGGACGCGAGCACCCUUCACUCCGAGACCGUCGUCGGGCUGACCAACGAGACCUCCGCGAAGACCUCCGAGCAGAACUUGCCCGCGCCGCGGGAGAAGUACACGAUGUUCCAUGCGGUCGGUGAAGAGAAGCGAUACGACCAACCGUCGUCGAUAUUUGUACCCGGCGACUAUCAGAUACCAACGAUGGUGUCGUCAUUCGUAUCCGGCGGCCCACGGCGGAACUCGAAACGAGGCAUAGUACCGUGGCCUUCGCUAAACUUGCCGUCCGUAAGAGCGAGCGAGAGGCUGAAGGAAGGAUUGGAUCCUAAGGAAGUGGAAAGAGCCAUGAGUAAUCUGCUGAAGAAGUCCAUAGAGGAACUGGCGACCGCGGAUGAGGAUGGUGACACAGAGCUAAUGUGCCUGGUGGGCAAUCCAGAGGAAUUAGCAAAGAAAAAGGCUUACUUGGCGCCAUUGGUCGAGAGAUUGGGUAAUCUGCCGGGCGCGCUAUCAAUGGUUAAUAAUCGCAGCCAGGACGCUUUGUACUUGGCGGCCAUGAACUGCCCGGAAAUGCCCUAUGUCACCGGAUAUCUGGCCGCCGCAAUGCUGCAGAAAGGGAUCGACAUCAAUCAAAGAUUGUAUCACAUGCGCGGUGACACGUUGAUACACUCGGUCGCGGCACGCGGCGAUUCGCACGGGGAGAUCUUGGCGGAGCUUCUGUCGUUGAAGACGGCGCAAGGAAAUCCCGUGUUCGACCUGUCGAGGUGCAAUUACGACGGGAGAACCGCUCUUCACAUCGCGGUUGAGUCGCAUGAUCCCAUUGGGCGGGGCGUCAAGUCCUUGGCCACGACGCGUCUUCUCUUGGAGAACGGCGCGAGCAUGAAGGUCAAAGAGAGCAAGUGCGGCGACACCGCCUUACAUAUGGCAGCCUCGUCGAGUUGCGAUCCUGCACUCAUGAAGGUGUUGCUGUGCAAGGCCACUUCGAACGUCGUAAACGAAACCAACUACAUGUACAAUACGCCGCUGCACAUGGCCGCGGCAGUGUCGAACACUGUGGACUUGGAGAAGCAGAAGGAGGUCUGCCGGCUCCUGAUACAAGCCGGAGGUCAGACGAACAUACAAAAUCGGCAAGGGAAGACACCGCUGGCGCUCGUAUCACCGGAGAGGAAAGAAACCAUCAAAAGGAUAUUCUAUAAAAAAGCGUGAUAACAUUUAUCAAAGACACAGAAAUGAGCUUGAUGGGCUCUACUUAAGACUGAUCUCUGCGGAAGUAUUUAGGAGCGCGCACUUUGGACUCCUUGGCACUUUCCGCUCCAUUUUGUGAAUUACCGCGAUAGGAUUCGCGACGUUGAUCGCAAACAAACCCUCAAGACUGUGACUCAAACCGGAAAGGAGCACCAAAGACGUGCAGCAUUGUUAAUCGCAUGAAAUUAUCGAGGAAAUUAUUGUAGUCCCGAGUUGCGUAUCAAUAAGAAAAAGCGUAAUUUUUACGUUCACUAUGCUGGAGCAUUUUUGUAUUCGUAGUAUCCGUUUAACAGCAGAUGUGAUCCGAUAUUGUUUUCCUUUUUUAGGACUGAUUACACUGAAGAAAAAAA